AUGGCGUCGUCACCGGAACCGGCGAGUAGCCGGAAAUUCCCUUCGAUAAAGUCAUGUACGGGGGAAUCGUACGAGUCGAUCGCGGCGGAUCUGGACGGGACGCUGCUCUGCUCGAGCAGCUCGUUCCCUUACUUCAUGCUGGUGGCGGUGGAGGCCGGGAGCCUCCUCCGUGGCUUCGUACUGCUCCUCUCCCUCCCCGCCGUCAUCGUCUCCUACCUCUUCAUCUCCGAAGCCCUCGGCAUCCAGAUCCUCAUCUUCAUCUCCUUCGCCGGCCUCAAGAUCCGCGACAUCGAGCUCGCCUCCCGCGCUGUCUUGCCCAGGUUUUACGCGGCGGAUGUGAGAGGGGACAGCUACGAGGUGUUCGCGAGGUGCAAGAGGAAGGUGGUGGUGACGGCGAACCCGACGCUGAUGGUGGAGCCGUUCGUGAAGGAUUUCCUGGGCGGGGACAAGGUCCUGGGGACGGAGAUCGAGGUGAACCCCAAGACGAAGCGAGCCACCGGAUUCGUGAAAAAGCCCGGGGUUCUGGUCGGCAAGUGGAAGAAGCUCGCCGUCGUCAAGGAGUUCGGGGGAGAACAAGUGCCGGAUCUGGGCAUCGGCGACAGAAAAACCGAUCACGAUUUCAUGUCCAUUUGCAAGGAGGGAUACAUGGUCCACCGGAGCAAAACAGCGACGCCGGUCCAGCCGGAGCGCCUGAAAAGCCGCAUCAUCUUCCACGACGGCCGGUUCGUCCAGCGACCCGACCCGGUCAACGCCCUCCUGACCUACGCGUGGCUGCCCUUCGGCUUCCUCCUCUCCAUCUUCCGCGUCUACUUCAACCUCCCGCUCCCUGAGCGCAUCGUCCGCUACACCUACGAGCUCCUCGGGAUCCACCUCGUCAUCAAGGGCAACCCGCCUCCGCCGGCAAACUCCACCUCCGGCGGCAACCUCUACGUCUGCAACCACCGCACCGCCCUCGACCCCAUCAUCAUCGCCAUCGCACUCGGCCGGAAAGUCUCCUGUGUCACUUACAGCGUCAGUCGCCUCUCCAGGCUGCUCUCCCCAAUCCCGGCUGUGGCGCUGACCCGCGACCGCGAAGCAGACGCGGCCAUGAUCAAGGCCCUGCUGGAGAAGGGCGACCUGGUGGUCUGCCCCGAGGGAACCACCUGCAGGGAGCCUUUCUUGCUGAGGUUCAGCGCCUUGUUCGCCGAGCUCAGCGACCGGAUCGUCCCCGUGGCGAUGGACUGCAAGCAAGGCAUGUUCUACGGGACGACGGUCCGCGGGGUCAAGUUCUGGGACCCUUACUUCUUCUUCAUGAACCCGAGGCCGAGGUACGAGGUGAGUUUCCUCGAGAGGGUGCCGGCGGAGAUGACGGUGAAGGCCGGCGGGAAGUCGUCGAUCGAGGUGGCGAACUACGUGCAGAGGAUGCUGGGAGACGUGCUAGGGUUCGAGUGUACUGGGCUGACGAGGAAGGAUAAGUAUAUGCUGCUUGGUGGGAACGACGGGAAGGUGGAGUCCAUUCAUAAUGCCAAGAAGGCUGUAUGA